AUGAAAUCAACCACCGUUGGAGAAGAGCUAUUCUUGGUUCACCUUCGUCGCAAUGAGGGUCAAGAGGCUGCUGAGGAACAACGAGACAUUCUUCCUGAAUUGCGAGAAGCCCGCAAACGAAGUGCCAGUUUAAUUGGGGAAGAACUAUGGCAGGUUCAUCUCAAGCGAUCACGCGGAGAGGUAGAUCUUGAUCUGCCCUCUUCACCCCUCCAAAAUGAAAACCACGACGAUACCAACAAUACGAUGGUGGUGGGCCGAUACAAUCUUCGACGCAGGACACCCAAGAAGUGA